AUGGACAUGCCCAACACUAUGCCCCAUUCUCAUGGCACCGAGCCCAUGCCAGUCGUCUUCCACACCAAGAUGGCCACUGCGCUGUUUUCCGAAUCAUGGACACCGCGGACGCCAGGACAGUACGCCGGUACUUGCCUCGCUCUCAUUGUCUUUACCAUCAUACUACGUACUCUGAUUGCCUUUAAACCCAUGCUAGAAGCGAUAGUGUGGGUAGGGGAGUAUGAGAAGAGCCACUUGAGAGUCGUGGAGGAGGCCGCGCGGAAAGAAAGUUCAUCUCCUCCUACAACAAGAUCGAUUUAUCUCAGAGUUGCGUAUGGUGCCUAUGAGGUUAUCAUUGCCCUUCUAGGGUAUCUCUUCUGCAACGACCUGGCAGAUGGACGGAGUAAAGAAGCCGAGCGACAUCCCGAACAGGCUCGCGGGCCAUCAUCAAGCCGCGUCCUCGUCCACCACGCGACGUGGGCCUCAUUCGAAGAUGCCGUCGCUGCUGGCUGCGACCUGUGUACCUCCAUACAUGAGGAACUGGUGGCAGAGCGUCUGAUACCUGACAGCCAACCCGAUACGGCGCGAUUGGUCUGUCGAACCGGAGCUAGCUUUUACCUGUUGAGGAACCAAGGCGAUGAGCACGCGGAGUCUUUGCGCCUGGUGGAAGGUGACAUAGCCCAGGAGGAUAGAGUUCUCACCACUGCGAGAAAUUGGCUUGGAGAUUGCAUUUCAAACCAUGCAGACUAUUGCGGGAAGGAUACGAGUGGGUUUGUUCCGACGAGGCUGCUUGACCUUGGGAGCCCAGGAAGUGAUGAAGUGCGGCUGUCGACGUCUGUUCCUACCCAUGAGAAGUAUGCCACUCUCAGUCAUUGCUGGGGCAAGUCCCAGAUCUUGACGUUGCGACGAGCCAAUAUGAAAUCUUUUCGGGCUGGUAUCCGAGUUGAAACGCUGCCCAAGACCUUUCGAGAUACCAUUUCCAUCCUGAGGAAACUUGGACUGCGUUAUCUCUGGAUCGAUUCCCUUUGCAUCAUCCAAGAUUCAGUUGACGACUGGCGAAAGGAGUCCAUCACAAUGGCUGAAGUUUAUCGCAACGGCGUCAUCAACAUUGCCGCGACGGCUGCUUCUGGUGGAAAUGAUGGGCUUUAUUUCAAACCCCAUCCAAUUCACUCCAGGCAUCUUCGAAUAUCCUUCACUCAGCCCAUUGAUGGCACUUCCCCCGAGGAAACGGGCAACGGGCAAAGAUCAAAUGUUGUGGAAUUUGGAGAUUACUUCCUUCUGAAUAGCAAAAUCUGGCAGCGUGGCGUCGAGGAGGCUCCUCUAAACACGCGUGGCUGGGUUCUACAGGAGCGCCUCUUCUCCCCGCGAGUUGUUCACUUUUCACGUCACCAGCUAUUUUGGCAAUGCGGCAUGGACUACCGAAUAGGACAGUUUGCGUACUCGAAUGAUCGUAUAGGAUCCUUUGGCAAGGCCUACACCAACCGUGAUCCACGCGCAUUUUCUCAAGUCCUUUGGCGUCUGAAACGCAUGGCAAAGGAGAAGAAGGAUCCGUUCAUCCUCGAAGAGGCGUACCUUCCUUGGGAAGAAGUCGUGACGACGUACACGGCGCAGCACUUGACCAAAGGCGAGGACAAGCUUAUUGCAGUACAAGCGCUGGCGAAAGCUAUGGAGGAGGCGGUAGACGAUUGCUAUGUCGCAGGACUGUGGGAGAGCCGGCUGGUUGAGGAUUUGCUGUGGGUGUGUUCGGCGCCGGGUGAGAGGGCGACAUACUCGCGUCAGACGACGUGGCGCGCUCCUACGUGGAGCUGGGCUUCGAUUGACGGCGGGGCGGUCAAGAAGGCGACGUUGACUGGGAGAUAUGCUGGGCGGAAAGUGUUUGAAGGAGAAGCUCUUGUCAAGAGUAUUAAGCACUACGUGAAGGGGUAUGACGGGGUGACGACGGGACAGCUCAAGAGUGCUCGUCUACAGCUCGAAGGUUGCCUUCUGAAGAGUGCCAUAUCCUGGGAAGGAGAAGCAGUGUUGAGCGACGGCCACGUCAAGGGCAUCGGAAUGAGAUCCCUCGAUCCUAGAAUUCGCACCUUCAUUGUUUGUCCAGACGAGUGGACCUGGGAUGGGAAUGACAAACCCAACUAUCAGCUGCCAGCAGGCAGCAUCCUGCUUCCGAUAGGAACCCAUCCCGCCUACAAGGCUACUGGAACGGACCCGAGUCCGUGUAUUGAAGGCUUGGUAUUGCACGAUGCCGGUCGGAACGAAAGUCUAUCGUUCUAUCGCGCAGGCUACUUCAAGCUAGUCGCGGAAGGAACCAUCAUCAACGCUUGUUUGACAGGGCAAGCAGGAGCAUUGUUUGCGAGGCACGAGAGCGCGUCUGGCGAUGGAACUUGUGCUUUGAACUUGUUCUAA